AGUCUUGGGUAACCUCUGCGCCUUUCUGCCCAGUAUGUUCCUUUCUUCCGGCUGGCUCCCGGCAUCACUACGCCUUUUGCUUUGCCCCUUUCAUCGCCAAUGGAAACCACGCGGAGUUCCAAAAGCAGCUCAGAACUCCGGCUGGAGAAUCCCUUCUCCCUCAAGGUUGCACAGGUCUUCACGGGGUUUGGCAUCGGCUGUGGGGUCGGCAUAGGCGUCGGCCGACCUAUAUAUCUAGGUAACGCCAUGCUUCCCUAUGCUAUCCCACCGUUCUUGCUGAUGGAUCCGAGAAGGUUUUUAGAGGCAAAGUUCGGUCUAUCGUCCGCCACCUGCGAUGGAUCGGGUGCUGUUCGAUCCCCUAGGGGUGCAAUACCGGCAAUUCAGCAUGUCUUGACGGCUGCUAGAGGUGCAACCGAUGCUUUUUCUGGAGUUGGAAGACACAUUAAUAGUUCUCUGAGGAAGUUGGGCUUGAAGAACAUUGAAGUUGGUGUUGGUUGCGGAGUUGGUGUAGGACAUGGCUUUGGUGUUGGACUUGCCUUGAAGCCUGGAAUGGUUAACCGGAUCCAGAAUAGUUUUGGGGAAGUGCUUGAGAAGGUUAUGAUAAAUGUAGGAAGUAUGCCCGUCUUAGCUUCUAUCCAAGGCGCCAUCUCUGGACCUGGUAAAAGCAAGGUGAACACCCUAAGUGGAACUCCUGCCGGGAAUGCAGAAGUCUCGAGUGACAAGGUGUCAGAGUUAAAGUUUGGAAAUACUUAUACAGGACCUACUGAAGAAGUUAUGCAUAAUUCAUAUGCAUCCAAAGAGCAGGUACCAGAAAGAGCAAUUACAAGUCACACCGAAAGGGUGAUCAACAAUUUCUUGCAGGAUCCCCUUUUCAAGGAUUCUGAGAUGAAAGUUAAUGAAAUGGUUGGAAAUUUGCACUUGGAAAACAAUGUGCUUGAAGUGCUGCUGACCCACCAGAGAGUCAUUGAAGAGUUGAUCGAGGAGAAUCAGAGACUGCAACAGAUACUCGAGGAGGAUUUGAAAAUUCCACCUUCCAAACUACAAAUCAAGCGCGGCAAUAAAGCAAAUGAUCAUUACCCAUGUGCCGACUGUUUUGAAUGCCGAAGGAGAAGACAAAAGACAAGAAGUUAGGAAAUGCAUGAGUUUCGGCAAUCGUUGCAUGGACAAGGUCUCGCCGUUUUACCGCUUACCGUGCCUCGGGGAAAUAAUGUGGUUUUCAUUAUUAUUUGUUAUAAUCUAGAUAUCGACCUCUAUGGGAUUAAUCUCGAAGAUAAUUGGUAUGAUCCUAAGAACAUUUUUAAUCAACUAUGAAGAUAAAUCAAAAAGUAUAUAUAUAUUUUAGUGGA